AUUAUUUCAUUUAGUCGAGAUCGUUCGUAAUAGUGACAAACAGUAUAUAACAAAGUCAAAAAUGGAUAAAAAAAUAAAAGAAAUAGAAGAACAUAAUAACGAAAUUGGCAAUAAGAAUGAAUCCAAGGAAACAUCGCCUCUUAAAAUUGACUCAGAAGAUAAAAGUAAAAGUGAAUCCAAAAAAAAAGAAAAACUAACAUUUCGAGAAAGGUUAAAAUUAAUAAAAGAUAACACAACAGUUGAGCCAGUGAUGGCCUGCUAUGUAAUGCCAAGUGUGUUAGCUUCAUUAGCAACACAGAAUUUAAAUUUAGAGAAAGCCUGUCGUGUAAAUUUGAAUUUCACUGAUGAAAUUUGUGACGCCUUGUAUUUACGACAGACAGAAAAUUACACAUACUAUGAAGAAGAGGUCCAGAAGUUAACAGCAAGUGUGCAAGCUUGGAAGAACGUGAUACAGACAGCUCUGCCAGUAUUAUUAAUCUUAUUCGUCGGUGCUUGGAGCGACAAAACUGGUAAAAGGAAGCCAUGUAUUCUUUUACCCAUAGUAGGCGAGUUUCUUACUUGUAUAGGAUUCAUGGUAAACACAUACUACUUUUAUGAAUUACCUGUGGAGGCGGCGGCGUUGACGGAGGCUAUAUUCCCUGCUAUCACAGGAGGAUGGUUCACUAAUUUCAUAGGCGUCUUCAGCUAUAUAGGUGAUAUAACUUCGAUAGAAAACAGAACAUACAGAGUUGGAAUUGUGAAUCUUUGUAUGUCACUGGGCUAUCCUAUCGCUAGUGCGCUAAGUGGUGUAUUGUUAACUUGGGUAGGCUACUAUGGGGUGUUUUCAAUAUCGGCCGCGCUCUAUUUGUUUAGCCUUAUUUAUGGAUACUACUAUUUGGAAGAUGUGAAAAGGGAUAAUCAAGAGAAAAAGAAACCAAAAAGUUGUAAGGAACAUGUGACCGAAUUCUUCGACGUGAGACUUGUGUCCGAAACGUUUCGAGUUGUCUUUAAAGAGGGAGCUGGCAACAGACGGCUUCGAGUCUGUCUACUGCUUAUCGUUGUUUGCGUCAUAUUUGGUCCAAUGCACGGUGAAUAUACCAUAAUGUACCUUUUUACGAGAUACAGAUUCAAUUGGGAUGAAAUGCAAUUCAGCGUUUGGUCAACAUACAGUAUUGUCACUAAUUUGCUCGGUACAAUAUUCUCAAUCAGCCUGUUCAGCAAAUACAUGAAAUUGGAUGACACGAUCCUGGGCAUCAUUUCCAAUGUCAGCAAAAUUGUGGCCGCCUUUGCUUAUGCGUUUGCUAGGAACGACUUGGAAAUAUAUUUAGCACCUCUGCUGGAGAUCCUGAACGGAACUUCGUUUAUUGCCAUGCGUUCUAUCGCCACGAAACUAGUGAGCGGGGAGGAAUUCGGCAAAAUGAACUCCCUCUUCGGGCUAGCUGAAGCCACAAUGCCGCUAGUGUAUGGACCGCUCUAUUCCCGCGUGUACAUGGCCACGCUGAACAUUCUGCCAGGCGCCGUGUUCCUGCUCGGCGCUGUCCUCACGCUACCCUCCAUCGCCAUAUUUGGGUGGCUCUACUUCGAACACAAGAAAGACCAUGAAGUGCGAAAAUCGAACGACGUAGAAAAUGUUGAUUAA